AAAACUUUUCAGAUGAGAUUAUGCAUAUUGAUGUCACUGUCGGCUUCUCUGUCUUACUGCAUAUUUAUCGAUAAAGACUACAAUGUGGCGAUGGAGGAUGAGACGUCGGAAACAAGCCUUCUUACUACGACAUCUCGAAAAGGUUACCGUAAUUGCACCAGAGACACCGCGAUCAUCGACAAACUUCUGAACGGAACUGGCUACAGCAAAUUUCGCAUACCUAGAGACGAUGGAGUGAAAGUAUCAGUAGAAUUCUGGAUUCAAGCCAUUACCUCCAUCAAUGAAAUCACCAACGAUUUUGAGAUGGAUAUCUACAUUAACGAAAUGUGGAUGGAUCCGUCGUUGAACUUUGAAAAUCUAAAUCCUUGCAAACAAAACCUUUCGCUCAAUCAUCAGGUAUUAGAUCGACUUUGGACACCGAACAGCUGCUUUAUCAACAGCAAAUUUGCGGAAAUCCACGAUUCACCAUUCAAAAACGUCUUUCUCAUGCUGUACCCAAACGGAACGGUCUGGGUGAACUACCGAGUAAAUGUGAAAGGACCGUGUUCGUUAUCGCUCGAGUUGUUUCCACUGGAUAUCCAGGAGUGUUUCCUCAUUUACGAAAGUUUCAAUUACAACAAUCAAGAAGUACAGAUGCGGUGGUCUGAGAAUCCGAACCCUGUAGCUACUAUGUCGCCUAUUGUUCUUCCAGAUUUCGACCUCAUUAAGGUCUCACCAACACUUGUCACUGCUCCAUAUCCAGCUGGAUGGUGGGACGAGUUGCAUGUGCGGCUUACAUUUGAACGCCGAUAUAUUUGGUACUUCAUGCAAGCCUAUCUUCCCACUUAUCUCACUAUUUUUAUUAGUUGGAUAUCGUUUUCGUUGGGACCACGAGCUAUUCCGGCUCGAACAAUGCUCGGUGUCAACGCUCUCUUGGCGAUGAUUUUCCAGUUUGGCAACAUCAUGCGAAACCUACCUAGGGUAUCGUAUAUUAAAGCAAUCGGUGAGAAGUUCUUACCUUUCCUAGUUAAAACCUUAGCGGGCUGCUCUUAA